GGAUGCUUCAGUUGGGGGAUGCCUCAGCUAUUCCUGUGCCCCUGGACGUUGAUGAUGAUCCAAGUCCCGCCAAGAAACGUGGGGGCGCCGGGAAGGUACCUGGGGCUAACAAAGCCAUGCGUCCUGACAGUGCUCCCCGCAACAGCUUGGCACUUACGUAUGAUGACAUGAAGCAACUCCUUGCAGAGCAAAGUGCGAGUAUCCUCCAAGCCAAUCGAGAACACGCAGAGUCUUUGAUUGAGAGCCUGGAAAGCCGGCAUGGGUCGAGACUUGACAAGGUUGACCAACAACUUCAGGACAUGUCUUUGGGGUUGCAAGGGAUUGAAGGGAGACUUCUCGCCCUUGAGCGCGAAGCCAGAUCAGACCGCCGUUCCAGCUCGGAUGAUGGGCUUGGUGAGAGACGUCGCACUACCCUGGUUUUCGGGGGCUGGGAGAGGGACACUCGGAAGGAUAAAAUUCUGGGAGAACUUCGGCAGGCAUUCAAAGGGUUAGAGUUGGAGUCCAAGCUUUCUGACACGCCCUUUACUACGGGGCCCAGAAAGAACAUCGCUCUCCUGAACUUCCCCCUCCUCCCAGACGAGAUCGAUGAGGACCGGCGAAACCGUAUGCACGAGAUUGUUCUUGCAGUUGCCCAAUCCAAGGUGUACACUUCUGCAGGGAGGAAGCUGUGGUGCUCCUAUAGCAAAACCAGGGCGCAAAGGGACAUUAGCAGUCACUGUGGAUGGGUCAAGCGUGGCUUAGCUCAGGUUGACGAGAGUUGGAUCAGGCAGCUCGAUGUGGAAUAUGGCACUGGUUCGGUUUGGCUGGGGGACAGCCUUGUGGCCAGUGGAACCAGAACCCCCAACAACGGAGCGCAUUCGGACAGCAUGAUGUUGGGAAAGGGCAGCCCUCCAGCUUGGAUUGACCUCGCUAAGCUUUCCCUGGAGACUAAGAUCAAGGAGAAGGUGCAUGAUGACAUGACACUACAGGGAGCUUUGGGCGGUGAAGCCGCUGCAGAGUUGGGCCCUUCCGGGGCCCCUUCCGCCUCGAAUCGUGAUGGACAAGGUGGAGGGCUUGUUACAUUUGAUGUUUUUGGUUGGAACGUUGGCGGGGUCAAACUUGAUAGCCUCAGGGAUGUGAUCCUUCAAGCCACGGGAAAGCGACUUCGUGUCAGUGACAUCCUUCUUGUACAGGAAUUCCCUAGGCGAAAGCAAGGGUGGAGCAGUGAGAUCGUUGAUGGCUUGACGCAAACAUCGUACCGUGCUGCAAAGGAGUGGAGGGGCAGAGGGGUGAUCUUUAAUCCUGCCGCCUGGGCAAUCUUGCAAAAGGUUUCUGGGCCAAAAGGGGUAUGGCUGAAGAUGAAGCUCCUUUCGGCAGGUAUCUCUGUUUGGUUUGGAGUUUUCCACUUCACCCCGGGGUGCAACCUUGAUGAAUAUGGUGAGGACCUUGUUUCCUUCUUCGCAAAGAAGCCAAAGGAUUCCCUUCCGGUUGUUGUGCAGGGGGAUGCGAAUGCUCCAUUUACUUGGGUUCAAAGAGGAUCCUCGGUGGAAGCUGUGGCUCUCAAUCACAAAGCUCAAUGUCGGGACCCACAUGAUGUUGUUCAUGAUCACUUUCAGCGGCUUUAUGAGGGUCAGGGUCUGGUUGAAGUCGCUCCACUUCAGGGUUCGUGUCGGGCCUUCUCCAUUGAAGAACUGCAGCUGGCCCUGGGACAGCUGAAGACAGGGAAGUCCGUGGGGCAGGACCUCACCUCGACAGAGCUGCUCAGGGGCAUGGUUUCGGUGGAUGGUGGGGAGUGUCAUCUUCUGGAGUUCAUGAAUAAAGUUCUGGUUGAUCAGAGGGUCCCACAGGGCUGGAAUGCGCCGCUUAUUAUCCUGCUUCCCAAAACUUCAUGCCCACUCCAUCCGAAAGAGCUUCGUCCCAUUGCACUUGGGUCCUCAGCUUCCAAGCUUUUUGCGAGAAUGAUUGUUAAUAGAGUCCUUGAACAACUUGAUCAUGUCUCCCCUGCACAGUGCGCGGGUAGGGGUCGGCAAGCCACGGAUGUGAUCUUCACCCUGCACAGACUCUUUCAACUUGAGCAAGAAUGGAAGCAAGGGUUGUGUGCAGUCAAGCUCGACAUUUCCAAAGCCUUUGAUACUGUGGACAGAUCGAAGCUUAUUGGGCACCUCCAAUCCAGAAUUGGGGACACUUUCGAACUUCGUGCCUUUCGUGCCCUUCUUAUGAACACCCAAGCGACAUUGCAGUCAGCAUGGGGGAGCAGUGAGGUAAAGCUUGAAUCAGGGAUUAAACAGGGGGCGAUUGAAUCUCCUCUUCUUUUCAGCUUCCUCAUGGAUGUGGCGCUGAUGGAGGCCUCGGAAAAGCAUUCCUGGCAUACCAGGCCCAAGGUGUUCCCUGACCUCUUGCAGGAGGAAUUGCUGUACAUGGAUGAUGGGGUUCUUUGGGGUUGUGACUGUGAACAAGUUGCCCGCAGACUUCGUGAAUUCUCCGAGAUCCUGGCUGGUUAUGGGUUGACCGUGCUCAUGAACAAAGUAGUUACCAACACUGCCCUUUGGUGCAUUGCAGCACUACCACCCGAACCUCUUGGGCUACGGAUGGUGAACUCCUUCCAGUUCGUGUUGAUGGGAUGGCUCCUUAAGCUUGGUAAACGCAAAGGUGAGGCAUGGAUUGAUUUCAGGAGGCGAACUGUUCGAUCAGCAAGGGCUGCCCUUUGGUACUCCAAAGUUCCCCGGUGGAGCACCCAAUGGUUGAAGAAGUGGUGGAACUAUUCGGGACAUCGUGCCAGAUCCCUUCUCAGAUCCUCUCCACCUGUAAGUGCCUUCUUGGAGUCCUUUAGAACGCUCGAAUGGUGGAAUAACGAGAAAGGGAAGAAGGAUGGGGUCAGACAUCCGGGCAGAUUCUUUCCGAGGCUCAUGGCCAUGGAGCAGAAAAUGGACGACAUUUGCUCCGGCCCCUGGAGGCGCUUUGCUCAUUGCAGAAAGGGUUGGGGUGUCCUCUGUGAGGCACGAUUGAGAUUGGCCACCUCCUCGCGUGGUGAUGAGGGGUACCUGGCCUUCUCCAACGGUGUUGCUGCUGACCUUGCUGCAGCGACCACCUCGUUGACGGCCACGACUAUCCCUGAGAACUUGCUUGAGGAUGUCAACGCUUGGGUUCUCUAUACGGAAGAAUCCAUGCUUAUCGAAUUCCUGGAGGGGCAUUUUCCGGCAUGCAUGAGACAACUGUGGGACCACGUUUCGCACGGGGGCCUCUUUGCUGACCACAUUCCGGUGAAUGACAUGAUGGUCCUCGAGGGUGUGUACAACUUCAACCUCAUCCGUGAAUGGAACCCCGUCUUGAGCUCGCUCUUGCCUGUGGGCAGCAAGCGAACGGGAGGCGAGAACCGAUGGCUACAGCUUGUGGAACAAUGGCUUUGGGACACCAGAGACGAGCUUGAUCAACUUCUUCUGGCGAGGUGGGAUGGACCCUCCCUGCUGCGAGGACUUCUUGCUCGUGCCUCGCUGCGACACAGCGAGCCCUACAUGCUCAUUGUCAAUGACCUCGUGCAACGACUUUCGAUGGACCUUUGCAUUGGUGAGGGACCUUCCACUCCCCUCUCACAUGCUGCCUGGGCGGUGAACACCGAAACGAAGUUGUUCGCACUCUUUGUCCAACACGGUGGCUCGGAUGGUUCCCUCGGGGUGAAUAGGGGCGCUUCAACUUCGGCAUGCUCCAGCAAUGAUGCCUUGGCUGAGCCAGAGGGCCUGCAGACCUUGGAGGCCACACCCACUGACGCCCGGCCAGGGACACUGGAGGAACAAGAUGAGUUUGACGACAGUGUAGUCGAAACCGUGACCAACGACAUCCCCGCCAUCAGCCUGCUCGUGGACCAGUCGAGCCUCGUGAUCCUCCGCCUCGUGACCAGGGGCUCCUCGGGCUCAGGAGGCAGCACAGCUUUGCCUGCAAGCCGUGGGACCGCCCCGACAUCAUCAGGCAGCUCCGGUGAUGGCUGCCUUUCGCUCCCGGACGCUGUGCAGCUGUGGCUUCUUUGGCUUGGGAUCACGGAUGAGAACAAUGAAUCUCCCCCUGGUGGGCUACUGCCGACGUUUGUGGAGGAGGUUGUCUGCCAGAGCUUUUUGAGCUUUGGGGUCAAGGACCGGCUCACCUUGGCCCUGGGGUUCACUCGCCUGGUCCAAUCCCUGCUUUCGUCGGUGGGACACUUGAUCGAGGAAGCAUGCAGCAGGGAGCACCGGGACUCCGAGCGCCGUGAGACGCCAGCAGACACCUCGCAGGCAGCGGAUGACGCGGAGUCGGACGAGACAAUGUCUAUGCAGACCACGGAUCUGCAGUGGUACAAGCUUCUGCGGGAGCUUCAGGUGGCUUUUGAGCAGCAAACCAAGGCGGCCAUGAAGCAAAACAUUCGCUGGAUACGACGCUUACUUCACCAGCGAUGUGUGGAUGUCACUUCAGGGCAACUCUUGGGCCUCCUUCGUGGGCGUGCUGGUGAGCUUGUGGCUUUGCUUGCUGGGGCCGAGGCCGACGCAGGCGACGUUGAUAGCCCAGACACGGUUUGGUGCACUACGUGGUGCUCGGAGUGGUUCCGGAGGAUGAUGCCUUACCUACCUUUGGUCCAAGGGUCCUUGGCACAUCUCGGCCGUGGUCCGCUAAACCAUGAUCCUCUACCAGCCCUACACCGGCCUGAUAUUCCUGAUGAGCUGCUUCACUCGGAGUCCAAUGGCUCCGAACAUGCUAAGCCGGGGGAUGCGCCAAAGGGGCCUCCCAGGCCUCAGCCGGUGAGCCAGCCAAUGGUGGUGCAGUCGCCUUCGGUGCCCUCCCGACACUCACCUCCCAGCCCGACGGAGAGUCAAUUGGAUGCGAUAGCCUCACAAGUGGAAGCUGAUGCUGUCGCCGCGGAACAGGAGCAUGAGGAUGCCCUUGAAACCAAAUACUAUGAGCACCUUAUCCAGGAACAUGAGAGCGCAGCAAUGCAGGAUUGGGACGAUUGGGCUAUGUUCGACUCCCUCAACAGACCUCAACCCACCCGAAAACGUGUCCUACGUGUCAUGCUACAAGGUGAGGAGGAUGGCCCUCCAGCUGAGGUUGUGGUUCCCUUGCUACAUGCUCGACCUGUCGAACUCCGACUGAAGAUGUCGGUGGAGUCUCGUGAGGUGCCCGCCCCGUUGGAAGACGCUUCACAGAGGGAUGGGGAUGUAGCCAGGGGGUCGAGUUGGAACAUUGUCUCGGCACUGGCUCCUGAUCGACUGCAACAGCUUUAUCUCCAGUGGCGAGCAGGCAUGAUCUCAGCACAGCAAGUGGUUCAAGAACAUGGGCCGGCUAUCCUUGAUGCCUUACAUGCGGAGCACUUGAUCUACAUGAGUGGGGAGGCCUUUCAUGCAGCUACCACGAGGGAUCAACGAGAGUUACCCGAUACAGCUCUGGAUGAGGCUGAGGAUGCCAGCUGA